UGGUUUAGUGAAACUGUGGAGCUCCCUGACUCUACUCGGCUCUUAUCAGAACCAGAGCUGCGCCUUCAGAGUGCUGCAGGUGUCUCCGUUCUUGUUAGUGCUGACAGGAAACAGUCGUGAGCUGCAGCUCCACUGAAGCAUCUUCUGUUUUGUCUACAAUCAUGUGGCGAAACAUCAUCAAACUCUCUUCGUUCUCCGCUGUAGCAGCUCCUCCCCUCAGCCGGCUGCUCCACGUCGGACAGCGAGCCUCCCUCACCAAAACCUUCUCCUUUCGCCACGUUGAGCUGUUCGCCGAGCUCACGGGCGACACCAACCCGCUGCACGUGGACCCAGCGUACGCCAGCACCACCUCCUUUGAGGCGCCCAUCGUGCACGGCGUCCUCAUCAACGGGCUGAUCUCGGCCGUGCUCGGCACUAAGAUGCCCGGCCCCGGCUGCGUCUUCCUGCACCAGGAGAUCCGCUUCCUGGCGCCGCUGUACGUCGGAGAGGAGGUGCUGGCGGAAGCAGAGGUGCUCAAAAUCAAGAUGGCGUUUGCCUUCAUCUCUGUGAGGUGCUCUGUGAAGGACAAAGUGGUGAUGGAGGGGGAGGUCAUGGUGAUGAUGCCGGAGGAGCAGAAGAAGUGACUGGGACAUCCUAACAGCAGAUUUUGGUUUCUAGGUUUUCCGUUUGUUAGCUGAAUUUGUUUUGUUCAUUUUCUUUUAGAAUAAAUGCCUCAUUUUACUUUUA